CCGCCCCUGGCUGACUGACGAUGCUAGUUUUCCUCUGCAGCUGUCUUCAAUACGAGCUAAUUUCUGGGAUAUGUGGGUGCGCGUGCGUGCACAAUUUAGCCGCUAAUUAGCGAAUACAUGAAACACGACGUGAGACACGACACGGUUUGUGUUGUUGAAACACACUACUGUCACCCGGCAAUCAGCGCGCGAGCGGCCACUACUAAUCUGACCUAAAAUGUCACUAACUCUAAACUCUAUACUUCUCUAAACAAUUUUUUUCUAGCCCUUUAUUCGUCACCUAGUCGGCCGGACAGGUACACGAGGAUCCAGGAGGGGAUUGUUUUGUCAGAGUCCAAAAGAGAGACUUGGAGAGGCUGUGCACUGAGGUCAUGCAGCUACGGGAAUUUCUGCCUAAAGUCAUUAACGGUGACUUUCUGGAUGCUCUGCACAAAGCCCGCUCUCUAGACACAUUUGCUGGGCAGCACAGUGGUGCAGCAGUUAGGGAACAGAGCCAGGAGCAGCAGCAGCAGCUGAAGCAGGAGUGUUUGCACCUCUACUCCCGCCUCGAUGCAGCACAGUCCGAGUGCCAGAGAGAGAGAGAGGAGAAACUGGUUCUAAGGGAGCGGUUAUGGGAGAGCCGCGAGCAGCUGCAGCAGCAGGCAGAGUUCUGUACAGGCCUGGGUGCCGCAACCUGCACUGUGCUCUGGAGCGCAUCCCGUAGAGAAGAGGCUGUAAGGGACAUACUGGCUGAUGGAAAGCUGGAACCAUUCCUAAGUGUAGCAGGUCAAACCCUGGAGAGUUUUGUGAAAUCUCUGGACGAGGAGGAAAAAACCCAGCAGCAGAACUACAAUUCCCACGAGCACCAGUUUGUGCUAGCACUGGCUGGUGUCAUCACCAAUUUGGCGGCGGUGGCUUGUGGGAGGGACUUCAUUUCCAGCUCUGCGCAUGUCUUGUUGGACACUCUGAUGCAGCUGCUUGGGUUAAUGAAGUCUGGGGUCUUUCCAAAGCUUAAAGUGCUGAUGCUGAUGGCUUUAUACAACGUCAGCCUCAGCGUAAAUGGACUGACGUACAUCAGCGAGAGUCCUGCACUCCUGCCACUUAUAUGCACCCUGCUUGAAGACCGGGACUCAGAGGUAUGUCUGCAGGCCCUACGGCUGCUCCAGUCGCUGCUAGUGGAGGGUGAAUUACUGGCCCAAAUCAAUCCAGACCUCCAGCUUUCCCUUCCAGUGGAGAGAAUCCAUCAGUUGGCUUCAAGCCGCCACUCAGCCCUCAGACAGACGGCCCAAGAGAUGUUGGAGGACAUCAAGUGCGUCACCAAAACUUGUCACAGAACCUCAGAGAAAGAACAGUGAUGACGUGGACACCUACAGACCUUGUACUAGUCCCAGUCCAUACACACUGACGUUCUGUUCUCUGUGUGGGCCAAUUUCAGCUCUCAUUCUCCUUUAUCUGUAGCCAAUGUAAUCACUUAAAAAGGUCAGAGGUCACAGGGCCCAUUGAAAUAUGGCUCCCUGCUGAUCUGACCUCCUGGGUAGUCUAGGAAGUAAUGAUAAUGGUGAAAAUGGCUAAUGUUUCUCUCUGUUAAGAGUUGUACUGGUUAAGGAUAGGGAUUUUUUUACAUUUAUAUAUGCGUGUAAUACAUGUAGGACUGUUUCUAGCUGUUGUGAUUAAGCCAAAGUUGGUUACAUGUUCUGUAUUUUGCUGUUCUAUGCGUUACUAGUAUUUUUUAAUGGCUUGAAAAAUAUUAAAGUUUUUUUUUUAAUUUAUA